AUGAAUGUUCUAGAUACUGCUGAAGCUUUUUUUCUCCCACCUUACUCUCGCAAGUUCGUGCUUCAAUACUCAUUGCUACUUCACCAGCGUAUGGACCCACGAAGAGCUCGAGACCCUCGUUUGGCCGCCCGGGCGGAUCCCCGUCUACAACGCGCACAGCAGGAAAACCCAGCUCCUGUCCCGACUCCUCCUCCACCGGAAAAUAACGGGCAAACAAUUAGACCCCCGACAUUCAAACAGCGCCCCUUGUUCUGUGUUGUAUGUGCUAGCAACCAAAACCGUUCUAUGGAGGGCCAUCUUACACUAGCGCGAGCCGGGUUUCGCGUCAUUUCUUCUGGCACGGGCUCAGCUGUGCGUUUGCCAGGGUCUUCAAUCGACAAGCCCAACACAUACGCAUUCGGAACGCCGUAUAACACAAUUUACCAAGACCUGGAGGCCAAAGACCGCCGACUGUACACAGCCAAUGGGGUUCUCGCCAUGAUAGACCGAAAUCGGCAACUCAAGCUUGCACCCGAACGGUGGCAAGAGACGAAAACUGUCGCGGACAUCGUGAUCACGUGUGAAGAACGGUGUUUUGACGCUGUCUGCGACGAUCUAUUAGCCCGAGGAGGCGAAUUUAACAGACCAGUGCAUGUUAUCAACGUCGAGAUCAAGGACAAUCACGAAGAGGCGUCAAUUGGUGGUCAAGCUAUUCUUGCUCUGGCGACGGCGAUUGAGAAAGCUACCGACAUCGACGAAGAGAUAGACCAAAUUUUACAGACACAACAGGAAACGCAUCCGCACAGUCUCCUGCAUGCUGUUGCUUACUAUUAG